UGGCCGGAGCGUCCCUGGGUGUCCGCCGCGGCCGCCGCGCCGCCGCUCCAGAUGAAGUGCGAGCGCUGCACGCGGAAGGAGUGCAGCAAGAAGUCCAAGACCGCGGACCGCGAGGAUGCGCCCGCCGCGCCGCCGCGCCCGGCCCGGGAGGGCGCAGAGAAGGGAGAGUUCCACAGGCUGGCGGACGUGAAGGUGUUUCUGAGCGACUGCCUGGCGUGUGACAGCUGCGUGACCGCAGAGGAGGGCGCCCGCGUCUCCCAGCAGAACGCCGAGGACUUCUUCCGGGUUCUGAGCCUGAAUAAGAAAUGCGACACCUCGAAGCACAAGGUGCUGGCAGUGUCGGUGUGUCCUCAGUCCCUGCCUUACUUUGCUGCUAAAUUCAGCCUCAGCGUGGCUGACGCAUCCAGAAGACUCUGUGGCUUUCUCAAAAGCUUGGGGGUGCACUACGUGUUUGACACGGCCAUAGCCGCGGACUUCAGCCUCCUGGAGAGCCAGAAGGAGUUUGUGCGUCGGUAUCGGCGGCACAGCGAGGAGGCGCCGGCGCUGCCCAUGCUAACUUCGGCCUGUCCCGGCUGGGUCCGAUACGCGGAGCGGGUGCUGGGCCAGCCCGUCACCCCCCACCUCUGCACCGCCAAGUCACCCCAGCAGAUCAUGGGCUCGCUGGUCAAGGACUACUUCGCCCGGCGGCAGAACCUGUCUCCAGACAAGAUUUUCCACGUCAUUGUGGCCCCUUGCUAUGACAAGAAGCUGGAAGCCCUGGAAGAAGACUUUUCCGGAGCUCUGGGUGGUUCCCGGGGUGCCGACUGUGUGUUGACCUCAGGGGAGAUCGUCCAGCUAAUGGAGCAGAGCGACCUCUCAGUGGAAGAUGCCGCUGUGGACACGCUCUUCGGGGACCUGGAGGGGGAGCCGCGGCGCCACGAUGGCUCCAGCUCCGACGGGUACCUGGCCCACGUCUUCCGUCACGCCGCCAAAGAGCUCUUCGGCCAGGACGUGGGGGAGGUGACCUACCGCCCGCUGAGGAACAAGGACUUCCAGGAGGUGACCCUGGAGAAGGACGGGCAGGUGCUGCUGCGCUUCGCUGCCGCCUGCGGCUUCCGGAACGUGCAGAACGUGGUCUUGAAGCUGAAGCGCGGCAAGUUCCCCUACCACUUCGUGGAGGUCCUGGCCUGCCCCGGGGGCUGUCUCCACGGCAGGGGCCAGGGCCCGGCCCAGGGCGGCCGUGCAGACAAGGCCCUGCUGCGGCAGGUGGACGCCCUCUACGCCAGCGUCCCCGUGCGGGCCCCGGAGGGCAGCAGCCGUGUGCGGGAGCUCUACCAGGAGUGGCUGCGGGGAGCGGAGUCCACCCGUGCCCAGGAGACUCUGCACACCGAGUUCCGGGGCCCCGGGCGCCCGGCCCUCAGCCGGGAUUUCAAGUGGUAAAAGCCCGAGGGCGUGCAGGGCUGCCAGGGGGGCGCUGCCAGGGCGCUGGGCGAGCAGGAGCCCCCGCCCCCUGCCCGCUCUCUCGCGCCCCCUCCCUUCCUCAGUGGAGCGUGGUGCUGUCGUUGGGACCCAGGCCGGGGUGCCGGUGCCAGAGGACACCCGGCUUGGGGAUCCCUGGACCCAAGACGAGAAAAUCCCAAAGAACAGAACGUGCACGGGUCACUGCCGUUAGUUUUCCAAACUCCUAAAAGCAUCUGGCAGAGCUCAGGCUGCAGGUGCCACCCGACCUGGCUCUGCCUGAGUCCUGGAGAGUGCCCGCCAGGGUGGGUGCCUAGGUGGGGCGCCUGGGCCCAGCCCUCCACAGGGCCGCGCCCCCGUACAGGGUGGGCGAGGGCACCGGACACCUCCACAUGCUGUCCUGGGGGCGCAGUGCAGGUGGCCCCUACGCGGGCCUCUUGGUCCCCUCACCUCCCAGCCACCCUCCCUCCACACGCCUGCGCUGGGCCACCUGCCCGUGCUGUGGGGGGAGGCGGGGAGUCGACCCCAGCAGUAGGCAGCAGGGCAGCAAGGCUGGAGCCAGAGGUGGCUGGCCGGCUCUGGGGAGCUGAUGGGCACGGCCCCUCCCUGUUCUGCCCCCUGGGCUGAUAACUGGAUUCUUGUGUGAAAUCAUGUAUUUUUUGCUUUGGGCCUGCACAGCCGGGCCCUCCGGGCUCACUGAGCACGGAAUAAACAGUGGAAGCGAGUGUGUGUGUGUGUGUGUGUGUGUGUGUGUGUGUGUGUGUGUGUGGCUGCCGCUGCCAGCCCUGUCCCUCCCUCGGCCACAGGAGCAGCAGCACCGUGCCCCGUCCCCGGAGGAGACGCUUUGGGUGCUGCAUGGCCAGAGGCAGGGCUUGCCAGGACUCCCUGCGCAGGCCCGUGGGGUCCGCAUGGAAGGGCAGAGCCUGGCCCC